AUGGACACACUUUUCCACACGGACUGGUGGUUCAACAACGCACAUCCACCGUACCCCUCAAUUCAACCACCCGACAUUGAGCCACACCACUCUACGCCUCAAGAUCAAGAUGAUCGACCCGAAAUGACGGAUCUUCCGCCUGCCCGACCCAGCGUGCUCCAAUCCACCUGGAAUUACUCCUUCGAUGAUGCUGCAUCAUUACCUCCACCUCCCUCACAAUCACAACUACAAACUAUACAAUCGCCAUAUGCACCGUAUGAUAUCACACAACUACAACCUACAGUAUUCCCUCUAUUACCCGCGUUUUCACUGCCGGAGCUGGAGUUUCAGCCGCCAAAUUUUGAGAUGGUGCCGGAGACGUCGGCGGGCAGACCGUCGGUACUCGCCCACGGUUCCGAUGUCAGCCGGUACGAGCCGAACUACAACUUCCCCUACUACGCCACACGGGUGGACGAGUUGCUCUUCUCGCAGCCAAUUUUUGGCAACAUCGAUCCGGCCGUCUAUUUGGGGGCAAUUAAGCUACCCUACCACUUCCAGGUAUGCCGUUCGACCCAGGCGAACGGGCUGCACUUUGGAGCGCGGACGUGUGCCGCGUGCGCCGCCUUUUUCCGGCGCACCAUCUCCGACGCCAAGAAGUACAUCUGCAAGCGCUCGCAGCGCUGCACGACGGCUAGCAGGGAUGGUAGGAAUUUUACGCUGAUUUGCACGAAUCAAUUU